AUGGAUGUUUGGGCAGAAAAUGCUAGUCCUGUACAGAAAUGGGUUUCAAAUGAAAGGGAGAUGCAAGAGCUGUGGGCAGAUUGGUGUGAAAAGCUGAGUAUAAAUGAUCUGGAGUUGAUGGUUAUGGUUCUUAGAAGAAUUUGGUUGAGGCGAAACAGUUUUGUUUUUGAAAACAAAUUUGAAAAGCCUGAUGUGCUAUUCAAGUUAGCUGCUGACAGCUUGUUUCAGUUUAAACAAGUUCAACAACAGAGUCAUAAGAAUCAAGAUUCAGGUAUAAGAAGAGGGAGAUCUUGUAGAUGGAAGGCUCCUGCAAAAGACCAAGUUAAAGUUAAUUGGGAUGCUGCUCUGAAGAUUAAGGAAGGUAGGAUGGGGAUUGGUGUGGUGAUAAGGGAUGAGAAUGGGGAUGUGAUGGUUUCUUUAUGUUCACAGAGAAGGAAUGUGCGAGAUCCUUUAGUGGCAGAACUACAGGCCUUAAGACAAGCUAUGAAACUAUGUGCAGACUUGAAUAUAACAGAUGUGAUAUUCGAAGGAGAUGCUUUGAAAGUGGUUAAAGCAGUGAACAAUCCUGAGUCAAGCUGGGAAUGGCAUGGUCAGGUGGUUGAAGAUAUCAAGAAGGUGCUGAGAAAUAGGAUUAGUUGGAAGGUUAUACAUGCAUACAGAGAGAGCAAUUAUGUAGCUCAUUUUCUUGCAAAAUUUUCUUUUACUGUAAAUGAAGAUAGAAUAUGGAUGGAAGAGGGUUCGGAAGGUAUGCAAGUUUAUGUACUGAAGGAAAAAAAUGUUGUUACUAAAAUUGAAUGA